AUGGGUCUUUAGUGUGCUAAAUAAAAAGAGAAAAAACCAAUUAAAGCCCUUGAAAUUAAAUAAUCAUUGAGUGCUCCUUAAACUCUCAGUACUACAAAGGAAGCCAUCAAUUUUGUAGAAAGCCAAUCGUUAGCUAAUUUGAUGCGAACUAAACCAGUCAAAGAAUAUUUAACAGAAUAAAUAGCAAAAAAUUAAAUCUAUGUUGAUUCAUGCGAUAUUUUGGCAGAAAGAAUUGAAGGCAAAGCUUAGUUGAUAUUAAGAUCUUAUAAUAACUACACUGAGAAGGCUUUAAAAAUUAAAUCAAAAGUGUUAGAAUAUUACAAAAAUGAAUACAUAAACUAUAUUAAUUCUAAAAGUCAUACUCCUAAAAAUUCAGACUUAAUCAUCAAAGAAACCAUUUAAGUACUAUUUAUCAAAUUUAUUAUAAUAGUUACUUGUAGAAACCUCUGUCAUUCUUAAUUGCUUAAUGGAUAAAAAUUUUGAUGAUGAGACUGAAUUGUGGUGGGGAAAUGACUAUUAUUAUGAUCGAAUUAGAGUUUUAGCUCUUACUGCUGAUACUUCUGAAAAUAUAGACCCAAUAACGACUCCAAUAUUAUAAUAUUUAAAUGCUUUAAAAGCCAGAAUACUUUAAGUUAUUCCUCUUCUACCAAGUUAACCUAAAUCUAUUUCAAAUAGUGUAGCCAUCACUAAUGUUCAUUUGACUUAAUUUUACAAAGAUUUAAAAUUUGAAUUUGCAAAAGAUGUUGAAGAAGAAGUCAAAUUUUGA